CUCACUGAGGUUUCAACUCGCGACACAAGCGGCUGUCCGUCACUUUCACCUGCUGAAAAUGAUCCUCAAACACACCUGUCUGCUGGGAUUGCUGCUCUGCGGCUGUCAAGCUAUCCUCCAGGUGUCCAUAUCUCUCAAUAAAGUGGAAAUGAGUGUUGGAGAAUCCAAAUUCUUCACCUGCACAGCCAUCGGUGAGCCGGUGAGCAUAAACUGGUUCAGUCCUCAAGGCGAGCGGAUCAUCUCGAACGAGCGAGUGAUUGUUCAUACGGAGGGUGUUCGGUCAAGGCUAACCAUCUAUAAUGCCAUCAUAGAGGAUGCUGGGAUAUACCGAUGCCAGGCUGCGGAUGCUAAAGGACAGAGUCAAGAAGCGACGGUGGUGCUGGAGAUUUACCAGAAGCUGACGUUCCGCGAGGUGAAGACCCCCCAGGAGUUUCGUCAGGGUGAAGAUGCUGAAGUGGUGUGUGAUGUCAUCAGCUCUCCUGUCCCGGCCGUGUCCUGGUUCUACAAGAACAGAGAAAUCACAUCUGAACCCAACAGCAGAUUUCAGGUUCUUCCCACCAAUAACCUGCAGAUCCUGAAAGUGGGUAAAGCAGAUGAGGGAGCGUAUCGCUGUGAGGCGCGCGUGGAGGCCCGAGGAGAAAUCGACUUCAGGGAUAUUGUGGUGCAGGUGAACGUUCCUCCGGUGCUGUCUGUGCCGCAGCAGUCCUUCAACGCCACUGCAGACUAUCAGGAGUCCGUCACUUUCACCUGCGUCACCUCUGGCUCACCUGACCCGCAGGUCACCUGGUACUGGAAGGGUCAUGUGAUCGAGCACUCGGAGCAGUAUGUGUUGAACACUAUGAAUGGAGGUAAAAGCACGCUGACUGUUAAAAACAUCAAGCAAACAGACGGCGGACCCUACAUGUGUCGAGCCAGCAACAAAGCCGGCAGCUCUGAGAGCCAGCUCUUCCUCAAGGUGUUUGUCCAGCCUCACAUCACUCAGCUGAGGAACGUGACAGCAGUGGAGGGCAGCGCAGCCAUGAUCUCCUGUACAGCUGAAGGAGAGCCGCUGCCUGAGAUCUCCUGGAGGAGAGCCAGUGACGGACACAGCUUCACAGAUGGAGAGAAGAGUAAGGAUGGGCGUGUGGAAGUGCGCGGACGUCAUGGAAAGUCCAUGUUGACCAUCAGCGGGGUUCAGCUCUCAGACUGGGGCCGAUUCGACUGUGAAGCUCUCAGCAGGAUUGGAGGCCACCAGAAGAGCAUGUUCUUGGACAUCGAGUAUGCACCAAAGUUCCAGACGAAUCAAAGCAUCUUCUACUCGUGGGAGGGAAACCCGGUGAACAUCAGCUGUGAGGUGAAAUCCAAUCCUGCGGCGACGAUGCUGUGGAGACGAGAACGCUUCACUAUCUCCAGUCAAGGCACCAGCAACAUCCGCAUCCACAGCACAGAGGGACGCUCACUGCUGGAGGUCACUCCAGUGUCCGACAGGGAUUUUGGACGCUACAACUGCACUGCCAGAAACAACAUCGGCGCUCGAUACCAAGAGUUUAUACUAGCACAGGCAGACGUGCCGUCGAGCCCGUAUUCUGUACGUAUGACGGCGGUCUCUCAGCGUAUGGCCACCGUCUCCUUCAUGAAGCCGGAUUCUCACGGCGGCGUCCCCAUCAGCUUCUACAUCAUCAACUACAGAGAUACCAGCAGCGCUCAAGACUGGAGGAGCGCCAGGACACACGGCGUACAGACUGCAGUAGUUCUGGCCAGUCUGGAGCCCAACACCACCUAUGAGGUUCGAGUGUCUGCGGUCAAUGGAAAGGGUCAGGGGGAAUUCAGCCACACAGAAAGCUUCCAGACGCUGCCCAUCCGUGAGCCGAGUCCACCGACGGUGCACGGCCAGAGAGGCGUGGGGAAGGCCUACAGACUGGGACUGGUGAAGCAGGAUGACGGAGGGAUGCCCAUCGUCGAGUACAUCCUCAAGUAUAAAACCGAUAAAGAGGAGCAGUGGAUGACCAAGUUGGUUCCGGGUAUGAAUGAUUUUGCGCUCCUGCAGCCGCUUCAGUGGAACACCAGAUAUAAUGUGGAGAUCACAGCGCGCAACGUCAAGGGUCUGUCUGAGCCCACGUACUUCCAGUUCCUUAUGCCGCAGAAACCUGACAUCACAGCAGACUCUCUGUUCAGUGGUCUGGGUGUGGGCGCUGUGCUAGGUGUGGGUGUGUGUGUUCUCCUCCUCCUGCUGGUGCUGCUGGACGUCAGCUGCUUCUUCCUGCGCCAGUGCGGCCUCCUCAUGUGCAUCACACGCAAACUCUGCAGCAAGAAGACCAGCACCAGCGGCAAGAGCAAAGAGCAGGAGGAGGGAAAGGCUGCGUAUCUGGUUGAUUGCUCAAAGGAGCCCAUCGUGAAGAUGAGAACAGGAGAAGAGAGAGUUACUAACCCGGAGGACUGCAGUCCAGUGAAUGAACCCAGUGAGACGACACCUCUGACAGAGCCUGAGAAGCUGCCGCUGAAGGAGGAAAACGGCAAAGAAGUGCUGAAGCCGGAUCUGAUCGAGAUUAAAGUCCACACGGACAACAGCAUCCACACAAAACAGGACGACAGCAAAGCGUAAUGGAGAACACACACACACAGCCUAAAACACUAUAUAUACGUAUAUAUAUAUAAAACAGAAGAGGAAUGACAAGAGAAGCAGAAGAAAUCCUGUGUGCUGUAAAUAUGUUGAAAUAUAAACUGAGUUGGAGUUUUUUGUGAUAAAUCUACUGUCCUUUCUAUCUGCGAUGGCGUCUUCAUCUUGGUGUUUGGAUUUCGCCAAUAAGGAUUCAGUUUCCAGGCCUUUUUCUUCUGCGUCCGGGCAUGUGGAGUGUGAUUUUCUCAGUGGGACUUGAUGAUUUCUGGGCUUCUCAUCUAAAUGUGUUCAUGGGGUUUUCAGUGUUUCGAGACUGUGGGACUUUUCCAUUGGGAAGACACUUGGAUUCCUUGAGUUUUUUCCUGGCAUGUAGGUGCUUUGAGAUGGUCUGUCUUAUUUGUGUCGCUUCUGAACAUUGAAGACGGCUCCGGUCUGCAUUUUCCAUCUUGUCGUCAUGAGUUUUAAACACAGGAAUCGCUUCGUCUGAUAAGCCAGCCGAAACGUAUUGAAGUGACUGUAGUUUUGGUUUCCUCAACUGCCAUGAUUAAACGCUCAUUUAUGAUGAUUCGUGUGUGUGUGUGUGUGUGUGUGUGUGUGUUUGUGUGUGUGGCCUGAAACAAACACAGAGAUGGGAAUGUUUGACAGACGCUUUGUUGAACUCAAGCUUGACAUUGUUGGUUUAUUUAAUAUUUAUUUCUGUCACUUUACACUAUAUAUAAUGUAUAAUUUACCAUAAACUGGCUUCAUUAUUAACGUAAAACAAGACAAAAUACUUAAGUGUGACUGGGAACAUUUGAUUCUGUUGGUAAUUGUUUAAAUUAUUGUUUAACGUGUUAAACCAGUAAUAGAGUUGACAUUUUCCACAAACUUGUGCUUUAGCUCCAGAUGCUAACCUCAAACCAGACUCCACAUGACGUGUCUAAAAAUCAAAGAUCAUCAUAUAAUGUGUUUAAAUAGUGAAUUGAUUGAAAUAUCACAGUAACAGAGUCGACACAUAAUAAUUCUAGACGGCAACUAAUUCUCUGCAACUCUCACAUGGUUGCCCACUUGGGCUGGCCCUGUACAUUUGGGGCAGAAUAAUUCUGGGGUCCUACCUUGCUCUAAAUAGUGUUACAAACUGGCCCACAAUGAUUUUUUUGCUCUCGAUCUGCGCCUGGAUAGGAGACCACAUGGGAAAGCUUGCUUGCUGCCGGAAGUGGUGUUAGUGAGACCAGCAUGGAGCGCUCAACCUUCGGUCUGUGUGAGUCCUAACUGUGAGUCCCCCAGGCCAGUGUUUCCCAACCCUGUUCCUGGAGGCACACCAACAGUACACAUUCUGAACCUUUAACUUCAGGUGUUGGAGUCUCUUCUGAUGUUAUGAUGAGUUGAUUCAGGUGUGUUUGAUUAGGGAGAGGUUGAAAAUGUGAACUGUUGGUGUGCCUUCAGGAACAGGGUUGGGAAACACUGCCCCAGGAUAUUGACAGGGACUCUAUACUGCUCAGCGAGCACCAUUUUUCGGAUGAGAUGUUAAACCGUGGUCCUGAUUCUCUGUGGUCAUUAAAAAUCCCAGGAUGAGUAGGGGUUUAACCCCAGCAUCCUGGCCAAAUUUGCCCUCUGGCCUCUGUCCAUCAUGGCCAACUAACCAUCCCCAUAUCAUAAUUGUCUUCAUCACUCUCUCCUCUCCACCAGUCAGCUGGUGUGUAGUGUGCAGUCUGGUGCAAUAAAGAAGAAAAGCUCUUGAUAAUUGUAAGAAAUUUAUGAAUCUAAACAUUAUUGAGACGAGAAUAACGACACGCCUCUUCACUUGCAGCAAGUCACACGCUUUACAGAUUUACAAAUUGUUCUGCCGAUUUAUAACCGAUGGAACAGAGUUGACCCGAGCACAGAGACACACCAAAUGUGUUUUUUAUAACAGAAGUUACCAAUAACACAGAAAAUAGCUGCCUCGUGCACAUGUUUACUGAACUCAGUAGAGUAAACACACACAAAAACAUGAAAAUUAGAAAUUAUUUAAUCAUAAUUGAAGCUGAAUGUAUGAUUUACGAGGCGGAAAAGGUCAAAAAUAGGUACAGUGAUAGUCUUUAAGUUCACAUUUCCAACCCUUAAUGUUCCUAAAUACACAUACAAACAUUAUUUUAUUAGAGUUAUUAUUCAAAAAUUGUAAAGAUUUAAUUUUGACAAAAUCAUCUCUAAUAACUGAUUUAUUUUCUCUUUGUCAUGAUGACAGUACAUAAUAUUAGACUAGAUAUUCUUCAAGACACUAGUAUUCAGCUUAAAGUGACAUUUAAAGGCUUAACUAGGUUAAUUAGGGUAAAGUUAGGGUAAUUAGGCAAGUCAUUGUAUAACAGUGGUUUGUUCCGAUAUGUAGUGCUAAGGAGGAAGACAAGGUGAGGAUCCAAACGCAGAAUUGAACAUUUAUAUAUAAAUAAAACAAAACUAGAACAAACAAGGGAAUGCAUGGCUAUCAUGGGAGUAACGAAAAUACAACUGACAACAAGAGAGGAAACAAACCAAUAUACAGUUGAAGUCAGAAUUAUUAGCCCCCCUGAAGAUUUUUUCAACACAUUUCUAAUCAUAAUAGUUUAAUAACUCAUCUCUAAUAACUGAUUUAUUUUCUCUUUGUCAUGAUGACAGUAAAUAAUAUUAGACUAGAUAUUCUUCAAGACACUUCUAUACAGCUUAAAGUGACAUUAAAGGGACUUAACUAGGUUAAUUAGGUUAACUAGGCAGGUUAGGGUAAUUAGGCAAGUUGUUGUAUAAGGAUGGUUUGUUCUGUAGACUAUUGGAAAAAAUAUAGCUUAAAGGGGCUAAUAAUAUUGACCUUAAAAUGUUUAAAAUAAAAGGUGGUUAAAAUGUUAAAAACUGCUUUUAUUCUAGCCGAAAUUAAACAAAUAAGACUUUCUCCAGAAGAACAAAUAUUAUCAGACAUACUGUGAAAAUUUCCUUGCUCUGUUAAACAUCAUUUGGGAAAUAUUUAAAAAAGACAAAAAAAGCAAGGCUAAUAAUUCUGACUUCAACUGUAUAUUUAUAGUCCUAAUCAUCAACUGGGAUGAACCAAAGCGCUGUGUGUGUGUAAUCACGGACUAACAGGAACCGGUGUGUGUGAGUGGUGCAUUAUAGUAUAUGUAGUCCAUGUGAUGACAGAUUUGUAGUUCAUUACCGAUCCACAGUCGUUGGAUCGCUGAUUAUCAAAACAGUUCUGUAGACAAUCCAAAACAAAUAUUACUUAAGGGAGCUAAUAAUAUUGACAUUAAAAUGGGUUUAAAACAAUUAAAACUGCUUUUAUUCUAGCUGAAAUAAAACAAAUAAGACUUUCUCCAGAAGAAAAUAUAUUAUCAGACAUACUGUGAAAGAUUGCUGAAUUUGUUAAACAUCCUUUGGGAAACAUUUGAAGAAGUUCUUCAAUUGUAAACAUAAUAAAAUUGACUAAAUAUGUUUCUAGCUUUGUGAAAUGUUUCACGCUGAUUAAAAAACUGAUGAAACUGGUGGAUUUUCAUGUUUAAUUCUUUUAGAUUUGCCUAAAAACCCUUAAUAGUCCUUAUAACUGCCUGCUUUACCUUUUAAUCAAUAAGUUAUUGUUUUAAAAACCCUCAAAAUCCACAAAGUGUGUCAUGAGAAACACAAUAUAACCAAAGACUCUGGUCAGAAAAUAAUUUAAAGAUUGAGCAUAUUUAAUUAACUUUUUCUAGCCGCCCAUUUGCCUUGAACUGCAUUUAACACACCAAUAAUCAUUCGUGCUGGUUUACAGAGUUUGGUUAAUAAUGAGUUUAAAAAGCGUGUGACGGUCAAUCAUUGUCAUCUGUGUGUGUUUGUGUGGUGUGUGUGAAUCUGCUCUGUGCAGCGUUUGACGCUUUAGUUCUUAUAUUUGAUCUAUUCUACUUUGGUUUCCAGCUGUUUGUACAUACCUGAGUAUAUUGUAGUCUUACUGUAUAACAUGUGUUUCCAGAUCAUCCAGAUCAGGCUUUCAUUAUGGAGCAGCGGGGCAUUAUCCACUCAUUUUAGAGCUUAUAAAGUGUUUAUAAAGCCUGUAUGAUGUCAAUGACAAUGAAACCAGUCACUCCUGCUUAUAAAGAUGCACAGCUAUGUUUUCUCUAGUGAAGAGCGUGCUUUAGGUGGAAAAGAUCAACUGUUGCUAUAAUUAAUGGUUAUUUUCAUUAUUUUAAUAUUGUUGUUGUUGUUGUUUUGGGAAAAGGAGUUCGUUCAGUAACUCUUCUGCUUUUAUUUCAAGUUAUUUACUUCAUCUCUAUUUUAUUUAGUAAAUUUUGAUGUUAUUGAAUAUUUUUAUUUGGAAUAUUAUUUAUUUUAUUUGUAUUUAUUGACUUAUUUUGGACAGGAUUUUUAAAAUUCUGUAACAUUUCUGCCUUUGAAGUUUUUAUUUCAAAUAUUUAAUUAUUUAUUUAUGUAUUUAUAAAUUUUAC